ACUGUGCCGUCAUCAAUGCCCCAAACCAUGCCUCCUCAAAGAAGAGGAAAAGGAUUCUGUGGCUGCUUUGGCAGCAAUGAACCACCUGAAAUAACUUACCAUGUUGUAGAAAAUGGAGGCAUCAUAAAUUUGCAACCCCAUCCUUUAACCCCUACGCAGCCCAUGCCCGAUGAAGAAGAACUUAAUUCCAAAUUUGCUGAAUUAGUAGAAGAACUUGAUUUGACUGCUUCAAAGAAAGAAGUUAUGUUUAAUCUCCCAUCUGAAAAGAAAUGGCAGCUAUAUCUCAGCAAGAAAUUGGAGCAAGAUGAACCAACUACACAUUAUCCAGACUAUUAUAUUGAAAAAGUUACUUCAAUGGCAAUGCUCCUUUUUCCUCGAGAAGAAGAAGAAAUUUUUGCACGUGCAAAACUUUUGGACAACUUGAAAACAGCUUUAAGAACACAGCCAAACAGCUUUGUAAUGCGAUUUCUUGAGCAAGAUGGCCUUUCUGGAAUUUUAAAUUUUUUAUUAAGCAUGGAUUACAAUACAGCGGAGAGUCCAAUACAUACGUCUCUUAUUGGUUGUGUAAAGGCAUUGAUGAAUAACUCAAAUGGGCGUGCUCAUGUACUUGCUCACCCAACUGCUAUAAGUACAAUUGCUCAGAGCUUAAGCACCGAAAAUACAAAAACAAAAACAGCAGUACUUGAAAUUUUGGGAGCAAUGUGUUUGGUACCUGGUGGCCAUAAAAAAGUUUUGGAAUCAAUAUUGCAUUUCCAAAAGUUUGCUGCUGAAAGAACACGAUUUCAGACCAUUGUAAAUGAUUUGGAUCGCAGCACUGGAAUGUAUCAUGAUGAAGUUAGUUUAAAGACAGCAAUAAUGUCCUUCAUUAAUGCCAUAAUUAAUUAUGGUCCUGGUGAAGACCAUUUAGAGUUUCGUUUGCACUUAAGGUAUGAGUUCCUAAUGCUGGGAAUUCAACCUGUUAUGGAGAAGCUGCGAAGUCAUGAGAAUGCCACACUUGAUCGGCAUUUGGACAUUUUUGAAAUGGUUCGUAAUGAAGAUGAAAAAGAAAUGGCUCGCAAGUUUGAAUGUACACACAUUGAUACAAAGAGUGCUAGUAGCAUGGUAGAAGUUCUGAAGAAAAAAAUUUCGCACACACCUGCAUAUCCUCAUUUCCUAUCUUUGUUAUAUCAUUGUAUACAGCUGCCAUUAGAUUACAGUACAUGUUCUCAGCACUGGUUGUUAUUUGAUCGAAUAGUUCAACAAAUUGUUUUACAAGGUGAAAAUGGUGAAAACCCAGAUUAUUCGCCUGUUGCCAUUAAUGUCAGGGAAAUCGUACAAUUGCUUGCUACUGAAGAUGAAGUUAGGGAAGCAAAGAGCAGAGCUCAAACUCUAGAGCAAGAAAAUACAGAAUUAACUUGUCAUUUAUCUAAAAAAGAACAAGAGUUGGAGCAACAGAUACAGGAAAAGGAAGAUCUCCAAUCCACCCUUAAUAAAACAAAAGUUAAGUUGGAGAAGGAAACUGUAGGCCAUUUAGAAGCUAAUCAAAAAAUUGCUGAGUUGGAAUACAGAAUAAAUGAAUUAAAUUUAUUGUUAGAAGUUGAGAAGCAACAAAGAACACAAGUUGAGAACUUGGCUAAAGCAGGAUGCUUAUCAGAUGAUGCAAAGGCUGGCAUUAGGCCAACUGGAAUUGUACCUUGUCCUCCUCCUCCACCACCACCUCCACAUGCACUUACUACUAAUGCACCUCCAGCACCACCAGGACCUCCUCCUCCACCCCCACUACGUAUUGGGUCCUUAACGGAUAAACCAAUUUCUAAAAAUAUGAUGAAAAAUAUACCUCAACCCUCUAAUCCUUUGAAAUCUUUCAACUGGUGCAAAUUACCAGAAAGUAAAUUAGAAGGCACUGUAUGGGAAGAAUUAGAUGAUACAAAGUUGUAUAAAGAAAUUGAUUUGAAUGAUUUUGAUAAAACAUUUUCAGCAUAUCAAAAACAGCAGUGUAAUGGAUCUGUUGAGGAAGAUAUUCCUGCAGUAGUAACAAAAGCAACUGUUAAAUCAAGGGAACUUUCAGUAAUAGAUGGCCGUAGAGCUCAGAAUUGUACCAUAUUACUGUCGAAAUUGAGGUUGUCUAAUGAAGACAUAUGCAAAGCAAUUUUAAGCAUGGAUAACAAAGAACUACUACCAAAAGAUAUGGUUGAACAGCUCCUAAAAUUCAUGCCUAGUCAAGAAGAAAAAGCUUUACUGGAAGAACAUAGCAUGGAAAUAGACAGCAUGGCUAGAGCUGACCGUUUCUUGUUCGAAAUAAGCAAAAUCAUACACUAUGAGCAAAGAAUUAGAACAUUGUUUUAUAAAAAGAAGUUUCAAGAAAGAGUAUGUGACUCCAAGCCUAAAAUAGAAGCUGUUUUAGAGGCAUCUAAAGAACUUCAUAGAAGUAAAAGAUUAAAACGGCUUCUUGAACUGAUUCUUGCAUUUGGAAAUUAUAUGAAUCGUGGUGCCAGAGGCAAUGCAUCUGGAUUUCACUUAGCAAGCUUAAAUAGAAUUGCAGAUACUAAAUCCAGCAUAAACAGAAACAUGACUCUGUUACACUACAUCAUAGAUACUUUAGAGAAAAAAUUUAAAGAUGUUUUGAAGAUAGAAGAAGAUAUUCAUCAUGUUAGACAAGCUGCCAAAGUUAACUUAAAUGAACUAACCAAAGAAAUUCAAAUAUUGAAAUCUGGACUCCAAGAAGUGCAGAAGGAGCUGGAAUUUCACCGGUCUCAGCCUCCACAAAUUGGAGAUAAAUUUGUGCCAGUCAUGAAGGAAUUUAUUACCACAGCAACAUACAGAUUUUCUGAGUUGGAAGACACAUUUCAAGAAAUGAAACAAAGGUAUGACCAAGUUGUAAAGCAUUUUGGAGAGGAUCCAUCUCACUUGCAACCAGAUGAAUUUUUCGCUAUAUUUGACACAUUCCUCACAUCAUUCAAUGAAGCUCGACAAGACAAUGAAACAUUUCGGCGAAAGCGAGAAGACGAAGAGAAAAGAGCUAAACAAGAUAUGGAGAGGAAAACAAAUACAGAGCGAUCAAGCAAAGACAGUCUCAACAAAGGUUCAUCUGGCGUUCGUAAUGGCAGUAUUAAUGGGAUCAGAGCAAUUAAAGCUGGAUCCGAGAAAGGAGAAUUUGAUGAUUUAAUCUCCGCCUUGCGAACUGGGGAUGUUUUUGGUGAAGAUUUUACUAAAAGUCGAAGAAAUCGAAGAAGAGGAAGUCAGACACUACUUCUUCACCAGUCAAAUGGGGAAAAUGGUGAAAAUAUGCAAUGGAGAAGUGUACCUAGAGAAACAAGUCGAGACAGGGUAAUUACCCGAAAACUAAAGGUCUAG